AUGACAUCACGCUACCCACCAACCAACGUUCCCAUGACAUCACGCUACCCACCAACCAACGUUCCCAUGACAUCACGCUACCCACCAACCAACGUUCCCAUGACAUCACGCUACCCACCAACCAACGCUGCUAUGGCAUCAUACUAUCUACCAACCAAUGUUGCCAUGACAUCAUGCUACCCAUUAACCAAUGCUGCGAUGACAUCACGCUACCCACCAUCGCUGCCAUGA